AUGUUCAAUGCGGCUCUAAAUUCUACUCGGCAUAUUGAAUUAUUUGUUGAGUAUUCGUCUGUUCGAAAUGCCUUCAUUCCACCAAUUGUUGAUCAUGGUGUUGGAUCAUCUACGAGGUUUGAACCUUUGAGCAUUGAUUGCGGUAUGAAUGAGCAAACAGAUGUUGCAGAUGCUGCUGAUGUUGGAUUGAAUACUCAAGAGAAUGUACAAGAGCAUGCUGAUGUUCAUGUUGUACGAGGAGACCUUGAUGAUCCAGAAUUGUCGUCAUCAUCGUCUGAUGAUAUUUUAAGUGAUGAUUCUGUUAUAAGAAGGCAUGGCACAAUCGUUGAGUGGAGGCAUAACGAGUUGUUGAGCCAGGGCCGUACUAAAGUCUUCUAUUACGUGUUCUGGGCACUUGGGCCUGCUAUACAUGCUUUCCAGGAGUGCCAACCAGUUUUAACAAUAGACGGGACUCACCUUCGAGGAAGAUUUAAAGAAACUGGCGACAGCUGGGAGUGGUUUUUGGAUCAUGUCAGAAUUCAUGUGGUGAGGUACGAAAGGGAGGUGUGCAUCAUUUCGGAUAGGCAUAAAGGAAUCCUUAAGGCUAUGCGUUCUGAUGAAUGGAAAAAGCCGCCGAUAUGUCACCAUAAAUUUUGUUUGAUCCAUGUGAGGAAAAAUAUAUUGACAAAACUUAAGGGUAAUGGCGCUAAAGCGAAAGGCAUGAUAUGGGCAUUGGGUGUCACAACUCAAGUACGCAAGUACAUGCGGAGACGACGUGCACUACGGGAGGAAAGUCUUGUUGCGAUACACGAGCUCAACAAAGCCAAAAAAGAGAAUUGGUCUCUUUGUUACGAUGAUGAACUGAGAUGGGGGGUGCCCUCAACAAACAUGUCAGAGAGCUACAACAACGUGUUGAGAGGUAUAAGAGAGCUGCCAAUUAGAGCUUUGGUUGAUCUGAUAUUUUGGAGAACAGUGGAAUGGUGGGCAGAUAGAAAGAUAGAAAUACAACAUACCGAAGGCCGGUUGACCCCGUGGGCGAGGGACAAACUUGCUGCGAAUGAUACGAAGGGGCAAAUGCAUUACUGUUCAGUACUUGACCGAGAAAUAGGUCAUUACCAAAUUCAAAGUCGUCCACGUGUUGAAAAGGGACAGGCAAAGGGCAAUAAUAGACAAGACGUCGAGUUCAUGGAUUCAAAGUGCAGUUGUGGGAAGUGGCAGAUGUGGAGAGUUCCUUGUUCCCAUGCGUGCACCGUUGCCAGAGAUCGAGGUAACUCCAUGUUUGAACUCAUUGAUAAACACAACCACAAAGCUACGUGGGAAGCACAGUACUAUGGUGUCUCAUUUCAAGCACCAAGACACGAAGACUAUUGGGCAAAUCCUGGAUGGAAAUUGCGUAUCACCCCUGAGCAGCUGCUUCCUCGAAAGCGCGGACGAGGCAGGACAAGGAGGAUUCCUAAUUAA